AUGUCCACCCUCAAACCCUGCUGUGCCACAGGCUCCCUACACACGGGCGAGCCCAAAGGCCGCAUCACCAAAGUCCACGGUCUGGAUUGCUACGUCGCCGACGCUCCCAGCGGAACACCCGUGAAGGGCAUCAUCGUCAUCAUCCCCGAUGCGUUUGGAUGGACGUUCCCCAACAACAGAGUGCUUUCGGAUGACUAUGCGAAGAAGGGGUUUACGGUGUACCUACCCGAAUUCAUGGACGGAUUCGUGAUGCCGCCCGACAUUAUGGAUUCUAUGAAGGCGUUCUCGGCGACGGGGUUGUGGGGCAAUUUGGCCAAGGUGGGACAUUUCCUGUACAUGGUCCGCAACUUUUUCCCUUUCCUGUACUAUUGCCGGGCUGCUGCUUCUGGUCCGAGGGUGUAUGGCUUUUUGAAGGCAUUGAAGAAGAAUGAGGCGAAGGACCUGCCGAUUGGGACGGCGGGGUUUUGCUGGGGCGGCCAAUUCGUGACGGCGCUGUGCCAUGACGAGAUCAAAGCGGAUGAUGGUAAACGACUGACCGUUGCUGGAUUCGUGGCGCAUCCGUCGUUCCUGAGGUAUCCAGCGGACAUUGAGAAGAUCGUGCUGCCGUACUCGUGCGCUGCGUCGGAGAUUGAUCCUCAGAUGUCGGCAGACAACGCCAAGCAGACGGAGGAGGUCUUAAAGUCCAAGACGGCCAAGACGAAGGAUCAGGGUGUUGAGCAUGAGUUUGUGAUGUACAAGGGCGUGCAUCAUGGUUUCGCAGUGCGAGCCGAUGAAGACGCGAAGCACGAGGCCGAAGCUGGCAAGAAAGCGGAGGAGCAGGCCGUGAACUGGUUCACGAGGUGGUUCGCCAACCCACCACCAUCGUAA